AUGGAUAUUAUGAACGAUGAAGAUCGAAGAAGAAGAUUAAGGCUUCUCGAAGAAAGAAUAAGAGACCCUCUUGGCAAAGGCAAUGUAGAUUCCUUGCUAGAUACAGUGCAGGCAUUGUAUACCGACUGCGAUCAUCCAGGGAUCAAAAAAUUGAAAAACGUAGAAGUCUAUUUAAAUCGAUACGAUGACUUAGCCAGCGACAUAAUGAAUUUGCGCAUGAAAAUCGAUGAUUUCGAGCCCAUUAAAGUAAUAGGACAAGGAGCGUUCGGUAAAGUGCAGUUAGUUAGACACAAAUAUACUAGAAAAGUGUACGCUAUGAAAAGGCUCAGCAAAUCGGAUUUAAUAAAACGCUCAGAUUCUGCAUUUUUUUGGGAGGAAAGGUACAUAAUGGCGCACGCGCGCUCCGAAUGGAUCGUACAGCUACAUUUCGCGUUUCAAGACACGAAACAUCUUUACAUGGUGAUGGACUACAUGCCCGGCGGUGAUAUAGUUAACCUCAUGUCGAACUAUGACAUUCCCGAAAGCUGGGCGAAAUUCUACACGAUGGAAGUCGUCCUGGCGCUCGAUGUUAUCCAUUCGAUGGGAUUCGUUCAUCGCGAUGUCAAGCCCGACAACAUGCUAUUGGAUAAAUACGGUCAUCUGAAAUUAGCCGAUUUCGGAACCUGCAUGAGAAUGGACGAAGAGGGUCUAGUCAGGUCGAACAACGUCGUUGGUACACCUGAUUAUAUUUCACCCGAAGUAUUGCAAAGUCAUGGAAAAGGUAUUUAUGGCAGGGAGUGCGAUUGGUGGUCAGUAGGUAUAUUCGUGUACGAAAUGCUAGUCGGCGAGACGCCGUUUUACGCGGACAGUUUACUCGGUACUUACAACAAAAUUAUGUACCACGAAAAGAACCUGUCGUUUCCCGAAGAGGUAGAAAUUUCCAACGAAGCCAAAUUUUUCAUUCAAGCCCUUCUCUGUGAUAGAAACAAACGAUUGGGACGGAAUAGCGUAGACGAAAUCAAGUCCCAUCAGUUUUUUAUAAACAACGAAAAUUGGACUUUCGAUAAUUUGCGAGAAAUGGCGCCGCCGGUUGUUCCGGAAUUAUCGGGCGAUGACGAUACCAGUAAUUUCGAGGAUUACGAAAAGGACGAAACUACAGACGAAAACUUUCCAGUACCUAACACUUUUGUUGGCAACCACUUGCCCUUUAUAGGUUUUACCUACAAUUCCGAUUAUCAACUCCUCACUGUAGAUUCCGUAGACAGUAAAACUAGUAAUCGAAUCGCUGACGGUAUCAACAGUACGGUUUUAAACACGAAAAAUCAAAUUCAAAAGCUAGAACUCCUUUUGGAACAAGAGAAAGUAAACGUGGGUGCUAUGGAAGCCAAGCUGAGUCAACUUCUCGCGCAAUUAGAGACCGUGGCGCAGCGGGAGAGCGACAUAAGAGAAGAAGCUACCAAAUACGAAAAAGAACUGACGAUACUGAAGCACAGCUACAAAGAGCUGCAAAGGAAGGCCGAGUACGAAUCCGAUUCGAGGAAGAACACGGAGAAAUACCUGUCGGAAUUGAAGAAGAGAUUCGAAGACGAACAGACGAAGAGAACCCGAGAGAUGAACAACAAUCAGCAGCACAACGAUAAAAUCCAAUUGCUGGAGAAACAGGUCAACGAAAUGCAAGAGAAACUGAAAACCGAGACUGAAAACUGCCAAAAGUUGAGAAAACAAGCCAACGAAUUAACAAUAGCCAAAUCUAAUUCCGAACUCAAAGUGACCGAGUUCCAAACGAUGCUUCAAACGCUUCAGCUUCAAAGGGACAAUCUACAAGCGGAAGUGGCUUCGCUGCAAGAACAGCUCACCGAAGAACGAAGCAUACGCAGCCAGGCUUCCGAUCAACAAAUGGUCUUAGAAAACAAACUACAAUCUCUAAACGCCGAGAUGGAACGAUUGCGACAGAAGGAAGUGAAAACCUCCACUGAUAACAGUCAAUUAAGCGAGAAGAUAUCUACGCUCGAAAAGGAAUGCGCCAGCUUGGACUUGGAAUUAAAUGCCGUGAAGAAACGGUAUCAGCAAGAAGUCAAGGCGCAUGAAGAGACCGAACGAAGCAGAGUCAUGAACAAGGAGGAAGCAAAUUUAGAGGUUGUUAAAGAACUUAUGGAUAGGAUAAUAAACGCCUUGCAAACGAAACUAACGGAGGAAAAAUCGGCGCGUCAAAAGGCAGAUCUCAAUUCGCAGGAGAAAGAACGACAAAUAUCCAUGCUAUCUGUAGACUACAGGCAAAUCCAGCAGCGUUUGCAGAAAUUAGAAGGCGAGUACAGGCAAGAAGUGGAAAAGGUCAAAGCAUUGCACAGCCAGCUCGAGCAGGAGCAACAGAAGAAAACCACUUUGCAAUCGGAAAUGAGCCAACAGACCGCCGAAUUGAACAAGCUCAAAGCCAGGGAAUCUCAAUUACUGCAGGAACUCAAUCAAUUACAAGAAGUUAAAAAGUCCUUGGAGGAAGAGUUGCUGAGAGUGAAGAGCAAUUGGCAGAGGGACCAGCUACAAAUGAAAGAGCUGCAGGAGAACUUAGAAACCGAACAGUAUUUUACCACGUUGUAUAAAACCCAAACGGUCGAACUGAAAGAGGAAAUCGACGACAAGAAUCGCACCAACUUGGAAUUCGAAGAGGAACGCGCCUCGUUGAAGCACCAAUGCCAAUUGGCGUUGGCGCGCGCCGAUUCCGAAGCCUUGGCCCGAUCCAUAGCCGAGGAAACGGUGGCCGAUUUGGAGAAGGAGAAAACCAUGAAGGAGCUGGAGCUCAAAGACUUGCUGGCCAAACACCGGAACGAAAUCAACGGCAAGGAGGCCAUCAUAAAUUCCUUCAAAGACAGGGAAAUCGAACUGAAGAAGGCCAACGAGCAAUUGCUCAAAGAGAAGGACGAUUUGAACAGGCAGUAUAAGCAAGCGCAAGAGGAGUUGUGCAGGAAGAGCGCCAGUCACGAAGACUUUGAUAAAUUGGUCAGUAAAUUAAACACUGAGAGUCUCCUCAAGCAACAGGCUGUUAACAAACUACACGAAAUUAUGAAUAGAAAAGAUAUUAGAGAGUCUAAUAAGGGUAAAUCGAAGGUGUCCAACGCGGAUUUGAGAAGAAAAGAAAAAGAUUUGAAAAAGUUGCAACAAGAACUCAGCUUGGAAAAGGACAAAUACAAUCAAAUGAUAGCUAAUUACCAGAAAAACAUUCAAGAUUUAAGCGCUCAACUAAACGAAGAAUUGGCGGCCAAACAACGCCUCCAAAUGGAGCUGGACAGCAAGGACGCCGAUUUGGAGCAAUUACAGUUGAAAUUAACGAUAAACCCGGAAACGGCUUCGAUAAGUUCAGCGGACAACGAAGGCGACGAAAUAGACACCGUAUUCGAAGGGUGGCUGUCGAUACCAUCGAAACAGAACAUCAGGCGGCACGGUUGGAAGAAACAAUACGUCGUCGUAUCCAGCAGGAAAAUCAUAUUUUACAAUUCCGACAACGACAAACAGAACUCCGAUCCGGUCAUCGUGCUCGACUUAUGCAAAGUAUUCCACGUGCGUUCGGUGACCCAAGGCGACGUGAUCCGCGCCGAAUCCAAGGAGAUACCGCGCAUCUUCCAGCUGCUGUACGCCGGCGAAGGGGAGGCGCGCAAGACGGACGAGCCCUCGAACGCGUUGGACGUCAGCCAGACGAUGAGAAACUUCGACGAGAAGCCCGGCGUGAUAUCGCACAAGGGGCACGAGUUCCUCAACAUCUCCUAUCACAUGCCGACCACCUGCGAGGUGUGCCCGAAGCCGAUGUGGCACAUGUUCCGGCCGCCUCCUGCCUUGGAAUGCAGAAGGUGUAGGAUAAAAGUGCACAAAGAGCAUUUGGAGCGAAAGGAAGACACCGUGCCGCCCUGUAAGUUACAUUACGAUCCCUCUUAUGCCAAAGAACUGCUUCUGCUGGCGUCGUCGUCGGAAGAACAGAAACUGUGGGUGUCGAGAUUAAGCAAGAAGAUCCAGAAGUGCGGUUUCAAGGCCAACAAUUCCAAUGCCAUAGACUCCUCGGCUAAGAUAUCGCCUAGGGAAUCGACUCGAUCUAACAUGAAGCCAUACAUGAAUGCUCAACAACGGUCGGCAACUCUACCUGCUAAUUCUUCAAUGAACAGCAAAUGA